AUGAUUUCUAAAAAAGAAACUUAUGUCAGUCCAACAAACAUCGAAGCAGGACUUUUAGGACCGUUUAGUCCAAGUACUUUGCUUCAUCAACAACCAACAAUGGAACCAUCUUCUAGGCGCCCAAUUCUUGUAUGGUUGGUAACCACAUACUGUCAACCAUAG